AUGCCAGCAGCUUCAUCCGCCGCCAAGGAGCCUUCUCUGAAGAGCCUUCAGACUAAACUUCGUGCACAUCUGGAUCUGUUUAAAACAAUUGUUGCGUUUGUGGAUACGCUUGCUGAGGUUACUUCAAUUGAACGUAUCCAGGUGCGUUUAGCUAAACUAGACGAACUGUGGGACAAAGUGAAUGCUGCCUUGGUGGACAUUGAAACUCAUGGAGAAUACACUUUGACACCGGAGAAUACCCCGUCCCAGGUUCGCUUAGACUGUGGAGAAUCCUAUUACGAUGCGAAGGCAACAAUGCUGGAAAGAAUUAAGGAGUUAGAGCAGGAAACAACAAUAUCACACCAAUCUACGAGACUUCAUGAUUCUUCGAUGCAUCCGACUACGGAACACGUUAAGCUACCACAAAUCAAAUUACAACUUUUCGAUGGAAAUGUGGACGAGUGGCUUAGCUUCAGGGAUUUAUAUUUAUCUUUAAUCCAUACCAAAGCAGAUUUACCAGACAUCGAAAAGUUUCAUUAUCUAAAGGGAUGCUUAGCAGGAGAGGCAAAGAAACUCGUUGAUCCACUCGCAAUAACCAGUGCCAACUAUCCAAUUGCGUGGGAAUGUCUGAUGAAACGUUACAACAACAGCAAACUUUUAAAACGACGGCAGGUGAAUACGCUUUUGAAGUUGCCAAGCGUUUCAAGAGAAUCUGUUACGGAAUUGCAGUGUCUACUAGAGGGUUUCGAGCGAGUUGUACAAACACUAGAUCAAUUAGUGAAGGUCGAAGAAUACAAGGAUCUACUACUACUCGAGAUUCUGUGCAGCAGACUUGAUCCAACUACCCGACGUGCGUGGGAGGAAUUCACAGCAGGCAAUGAGCAGGAUAAAAUUUCGGAUUUGAUGCAGUUCAUCCAGAAGAGGAUUUCGGUUCUAGGUUCCCUACCCAACAAAUUAUCCGAAGGUCGACCAGAAUACGUUAAAAGGCAAUAUGGAAUACGAACUAGCCACAACGUCACGCGCAUCUCUAAGGGUCGCUGUGUUGCGUGUUCAGACACCCAUCCCCUCUUCAUGUGCCAGACUUUCAGGAAGAUGCCGAUAGCGGAAAGGGAUAGAUUGGUUCGAACAAACUCACUUUGCAGAAAUUGCUUCCGAAAUGGACACAUGGCUUCGGAGUGUAUGUCGAAAUUCGUAUGCCACAACUGCAAGGGUAAACACCACACGUUAAUCUGCUUUCGCUCAGAAGGGGCAACUGCCUCCAAUUCCGGCACUAUGAGGAGAAAUUCUAGAAAUUCAGAACCACCAUCGACGGAAACAGUCGCAUCUAAUAUCGCACGGCGAUCACCUUCAACAGUGCUUCUAGCAACAGCCGUAGUUUUGGUAGAGGACAACAAUGGAUUCAGCUAUCCUGCCCGAGCAUUGCUGGACUCCGGGUCGGAGUGCAAUUUUAUGGCGGAGCAUUUGUGUCAAAGAUUAGGUAUCUUCCGACAGCGCUCGAACGUUUCAGUAAUGGGAAUCGGCCAAUCAACUUCCGAAGUCAAGCAUCAAGUCACUGCGAUUAUCAAGUCUCGAAACGAAAGCUACAAACAACAAAUGGACUUCCUGGUUUUACCGAAGGUGACAGCGGAUCUACCAACAGCAGACAUUAUUUUUUCCGAACUACAUUUCCCAGCGGAGAUCGAAUUAGCAGACGCCAACUUCUUCCAAUCCAAUGCAAUCGAUCUGAUCUUAGGCAUCCAACAUUUCUUUGAAUUCUUCCAAUCUGGUCAACGGAAAUCGCUAGGAGAUGGAUUACCAGCUAUUACAGAAUCCGUUUUUGGCUGGGUUAUUACUGGUGUAGUACAAAACUGGAGGCAAACUUCAAAGACCAUCUGUAAUACAGCUAGUUCGAUACCUUUGGACGAAUAUCUAACUCGUUUUUGGUCCUGCGAGGAAAUAGGAUCGGUUCACAAAUAUUCACCCGAAGAAAUGCGCUGUGAGGAGUUUUUCGUCAAGACGGUUCGCAGAGAAACUGAUGAGCGCAGAUUGGAUCGUGAUUCUAGCCUGCGUGAAGAGUACAACCGAUUCAUUCAGGAAUAUUUACAACUUGGCCACAUGCGAUUGGUAGAGGAAACUCGAGAGGACAGUACAAAACGUUGCUAUCUCCCACAUCAUCCUAUAAUUAAAGAAGCUAGCACAACAACAAAACUUCGAGUGGUUUUCGACGCGUCAAGCAAAACUUCAAGCAAACUAUCGCUGAAUGAUGUAUUGCUAGCAGGACCCGUCAUACAAGAUGAUCUAAGAGCAAUUGUCCUACGGUGCAGAACGAAACAAAUAAUGAUUGUUGCUGAUGUGGAAAAGAUGUUCCGUCAAAUCAAGGUGUUCGAAGACGAUAUGGCUCUACAAAGCAUCCUAUGGCGGUUCAACACAACGGAGCCUGUAAAAACGUACGAACUUACAACGAUCACGUAUGGCACCAAACCGGCACCCUUUCUUGCGACAAGAACUCUCCAGCAACUGUCAAUCGACGAAGCAAAUAGAUAUCCCUUAGCGGCCAAGGCGAUGUCAAUGGAUGUUUACAUGGACGAUGUGUUGACCGGUACAAACGACGAAGAUGAAGCAAUCCAGUUGAGAAGGCAGCUCAGCGAACUAUCCGAACGAGGUGGAUUUAGGCUAAGAAAGUUCGCCUCCAAUUCAGUCCAAGUGCUUCAAGAAAUUCCAACAGAAGAUUUAGCAGUGAAUGUCUCCGGAGAGGUUGAACUCGAUCCCAAUUCUACCAUUAAAACACUCGGCCUGGUAUGGCAGCCUUCGACAGACACAUUCCGUUUCCAAUUUAUUAUCCAGAACUUGAAGCCAAAUGAAAAACUCACGAAACGCAAGGUUUUAUCCGCAAUUGCAGCCCUAUUCGAUCCAUUAGGUCUCUUGGGAGCUGUGAUUACAACCGCAAAACUAGUUAUGCAGCGUCUAUGGUGUUUAACGGAUGAUCAAAACAAUCGUUUGGAUUGGGAUCACGAGAUUCCUGAAGAUUUAGCCGAAGACUGGAGAAGGUUCUACGCUAAAAUACCAAUGCUGAACGAGUUACACAUCCCACGUUGUUCAAUCAUACCCAUGGCAGUGACUACUGAAAUCCAUAUAUUCUCCGAUGCAUCUGAGCGCGCGUACGGAGCCUGUGUGUAUAUUCGAAGCAUAAGCACUUCAGGAAGGGUCGGCGUACAAUUACUAACGUCGAAAUCCAGCGUUGCACCGUUGAAAUCUCAGUCGAUUCCCAGACUGGAGCUUUGUGGAGCGUUGAAGGCAGCGGAACUUGCGGAGAAGGUCAAGGAGUCAAUCAAACUGGAAGCUAAAAUUUGUUUUUGGACCGAUUCUACUUGCGUAUUGCAAUGGCUUAAUUCAAUUCCCGCAACAUGGUCAACCUUUGUAGCCAAUCGUGUAUCCAAAAUCCAAAUCAUCACCGAACAAUACGCAUGGAGACACGUUCCAGGUCAAGAGAACCCGGCAGAUAUAAUUUCUCGAGGUACAAGUCCGGAGGAGAUCAAGCAAAACGUGGCAAAACGCAGUCUUUGGUGGGAAGGUCCGCCCUGGUUGAAAAUGGAAGAAAAAUUCUGGCCGAAGCAGCCAGUAACCAUCAACACCGAUGCAGCCGCUAGUGAAACAAAAAGAAAGGUCACGAAUGUUGCGACAAUCGACACGCCUAGUUUUAUUGAUGAAUACGUCGAAAGGUUUUCUUCAUUGUCCGAUUUGAUUCGUAAAACGGCGUAUUGGCUGAGAUUAAAAGGGAUGUUACGGAGGUUAGAGCCAAGCUCAUCAGGUGUUCUUUCUACUAAAGAGUUAAGAGAAGCCGAAUAUGUUAUUAUACGGGAAAUCCAGAGAGAAGCAUUUAAGGAAGAGUGGAAACAAUUAACCAACGGUGAACCCGUUUCACGCAAUUCUCCGAUGAGGUUUUUCAAUCCAUUCUUAGGAUCCGAUAACUUAAUACGAUUGGGCGGCAGGUUAAAGCAUGCUCAAGUUACCGAAGACACAAGGCAUCCUAUUGUCCUCCCGUCACGACAUCCAUUCACCAAACUUCUAUUUGAAGCGUUCCACAAGCGACUUCUACAUGCAGCCCCACAACUACUUCUUAGCUCCAUAAGACUCAAAUAUUGGCCACUAGGAGGACGGAAUUAUGCCCGUCAAACAGUUCAGCAGUGCCUACGUUGUUUUAGAAUGAAACCGAAAUCUAUGGAGCAAUUUAUGGGAGAACUUCCUGUUGCACGCGUCACAAUUUCUCCACCCUUUUCCAGAACCGGAGUAGACUACUUCGGCCCUGUAUAUAUUCGGCCUGGACCACGCCGAGUAGCAGUCAAGGCAUACGUUUCCCUGUUUAUCUGUUUGGUGACAAAGGCGAUACACUUGGAAUUAGUUUCCGAUUUAUCAACGGAGAAAUUUCUACAGGCGUUACGAAGGUUCAUAGGACGGCGUGCAAUUCCAAGCGACAUUUACUCAGAUAACGGCACAAAUUUUGUAGGUGCCCGCAACCAACUACAGGAAUUGUUCACAAAUCUGCGCAGCAAAACCCACAAUCAACAAGUUUCCAAGGAAUGCUCGGAAAGGGGCAUACAAUGGCAUUUUAAUCCCCCAGCUGCUCCCCAUUUUGGAGGCCUGUGGGAAGCAGCAGUUAAAUCCGCCAAACAGCAUCUGCUUAAGGUGUUAGGACAAAACGCUUUAUCCUUUGAAGAAUUCAACACUCUUCUUAUUCAAAUUGAGGCUUGCCUAAACUCUAGGCCAAUAACUCCGAUGUCAGAGGACCCCAACGAUCUUGAACCACUGACCCCCGGACAUUUUUUAACUGGGAGGUCGUUGCAGCAGCUACCAGAAGUGGACUUAACCGAAUUAUCUACGGGAAGGCUCAAACAGUAUCAAAUAAUACAACAAAAAAUACAAUUCUUCUGGAAACGUUGGCAGAAGGAGUAUCUAUCCCAGCUCCAAGGAAGAUACAAACGAUGGAAGCCUCCAGUACAGAUCUCGGUUGGUCAACUCGUCGUGAUAAAGGAUGAAAAUACCCCACCGAUGCGUUGGCGAUUAGGGCGUAUCCAACAGCUACACCCUGGAGAAGACGGAAUAGUACACUGCAAAAAAUCGACACCUAUAGUUUAUGUUCCUUCACACAUAAGCCAAUCAAUAAAUUGCGGCAAUUUCAGCGCGGGCGAGGAUGUAUAUUACAACUGGUACCCUAAAAUACAUCUGCGUACCCCCGAUGGUCAAGACGAUGAUGAAGGCAUGAGAGAGAAGAGCGUACACGAUCGACACCGAGAGAUGGGCAACAACAUGGCGAGAGAUGGUCUCCGAGCGAUGGGAUACGAGAGACGGGCAGCGAGAGAACCAACACCAGGCAUUACCACCACAGCAGAAACCGAUGGCAACAACAAUACCACCCCCUACCCCCGGGAAACCACCCCAAUAACACCCUAA